AAGAGAGAAAGCGAAGAUGCUGAGUGUAAAAAGUGUAAGCAAGUUGAACAGACCUCAUUAAACGUCACAUGAUUACAAACCCUCAUCGCGGUGUAUCGUCAGAUUGUCACGAGUGUUACGACGGGCGAUCAGCUAAGGGUAUUAGCGAACGCUGAUACCUAGGUCAUCUCGUUCACAUUCCCGGUUAAUCACCAAGGGUUCGUGUAAAGCAACGACGAAGUCGUUUGGUUAAAUUUGAUCACUCCAUACGAACGAUCUCGUCAAGCAGGAUGAAGGUCUGCGGGCCCAAAUACGCCUUGUGCGGUUUAGUGUUGUCUGUUUGGGGCAUAGUCCAGUUGGUUUUCAUGGGAGUAUUUUUCUACAUCCGGAGCGUUGCACUGGUGGAGGAUCUCCCAUUGGAAGAACUGAAGGAAAACCUUACUUCAACAGGUGAAUUCUACAAAGUGGUGGACCGAGGAUACACGCAGAAUGCAUACAACUGCUGGAUUGCCGCAUGCAUCUAUGUCCUCACUUUCCUUUUCUCUGGUCAUCAGUUCUAUCUCAAUUCUAGAUCGUCCCUUAGCGUAUAAAUACACGGAUGUUAUGCAAUGACGCUACUGUGCAUCUGAUUUGUAAUAAUGUACAUCUAGAAAACAUCUUGAUUUCAAAUUAUUUUAAGGCUGCAUUAUACAGUUAUUCUAGGAUCAAGUUGUUAUCCAAACACAAUAUAAUGUAGACAAAAUGCCUGUGUUCCAAAUGUUUUUAUAAGUGCAGAAGAUGUAUUUUUUGCCACAUAUGUGUAUAUUUAUAUUU